AUGAUGUCCAGAUCGUAUACUAAUCUCCUCGAUCUGGCGUCGGGGAACUUCCCGGCAUUAGGCGGCGGCGGCGGGCGUACCAGGCGGCUGCCCCGGGUUAUGACGGUGCCGGGCAUCGUUUCCGAGCUUGACGACGACCAGGCGAACAGCGUCUCCUCCGAUGUUCCUUCAUCCCUCGCCCAAGAUCGUAUCAUCAUCGUCGCCAACCAGCUCCCGAUCAAGGCCAAGCGCCGCCCCGAUGGCCGGGGAUGGAGCUUCGCCUGGGACGAGGAGUCCCUCCUCCUGCAACUCAAGGACGGCCUGCCGGACGACAUGGAGGUCAUCUACGUCGGCUCCCUCAUCGCCGAUGUGGAGCCCGCCGAGCAGGAAGACGUCUCCCAGGCUCUGCUCGAACGAUUCAAGUGCGUGCCGGCCUUCCUCCCCGGGGAGAUCGUCGCCAAGUUCUACCACGGGUUCUGCAAGCAGGAACUGUGGCCUCUCUUCCACUACAUGCUCCCCUUCUCCGCCGACCAUGGCGGCCGCUUUGACCGAUCACACUGGGAGGCCUACGUCGCCGCCAACAAGAUCUUCUCCCAGAAGGUGAUCGAGGUGAUCAACCCCGAGGACGACUACGUCUGGGUCCACGACUACCAUCUGAUGGUGGUGCCCACCUUCCUCCGGCGCAGGUUUAACCGCCUCAGGAUGGGUUUCUUCCUGCACAGUCCCUUCCCCUCCUCCGAGAUCUACAGGACGCUCCCCGUCCGCGAGGAGAUCUUGAAGGCGCUGCUCAAUUCGGACCUGAUCGGCUUCCACACCUUCGACUACGCCCGGCACUUCCUCUCCUGCUGCAGCCGCAUGCUGGGUUUGGAGUACCAGUCGAAGAGGGGCUACAUCGGCCUGGAAUACUUUGGGAGGACUGUGGGCAUCAAGAUCAUGCCUGUGGGUGUCCACAUGGGGCAGCUCGAGACGGUGAUGAAGCUCCCCGACGUGGAGUGGAGGGUGGCGGAGCUCCGCCAAGAGUUCCAGGGGAAGACGGUGCUGCUCGGUGUGGACGACAUGGACAUCUUCAAGGGCAUAAAUCUGAAGCUGUUGGCCUUCGAGCACAUGCUGAAUGUUCACCCGAGCUGGAAGGGGAGAGCGGUGAUGGUGCAGAUCGCGAACCCUCCCAGGGGAAGGGGAAGAGACCUCGAUGAGAUUCAGGCGGAGAUCAAGGAGAGCUGCCAGAGGAUCAACAGCGCCUACGGGCGGGACGACUACCAGCCGGUGGUGUACAUCGACCGGGUCAUCUCCUUCAGCGAGAAGAUCGCCUUCUACACCAUCGCGGAGUGCGUCAUCGUCACCGCCGUGAGGGACGGGAUGAACCUGACACCGUACGAGUACAUCGUCGGCCGGCAGGGAGUUCCAGGGUCGGAGUCGGAGUCGCCGAGGAAGAGCAUGCUGGUGGUGUCGGAGUUCAUCGGGUGCUCCCCUUCCCUGAGCGGGGCGAUCAGGAUAAACCCAUGGAACAUAGAGUCUACGGCGGAGGCCAUGAACGAGGCGGUGGCGAUGGACGAGGGGGAGAAGGAGCUGCGGCACGAGAAGCACUUCAGAUAUGUGAGCACCCACGACGUGGCCUACUGGUCGAAGAGCUUCCUGCAGGAUCUAGAGAGGAGCUGCAAGGAUCACUUCAGGCGAACCUGCUGGGGCAUCGGGCUAGGGUUUGGGUUCAGGGUCGUCGCCCUCGAUCCUAACUUCAGGAAGCUCAAUGUGGACGUGAUCGUCUCGGCGUACGAGAGGGCAAGGAGCAGGGCGAUACUGCUGGACUACGACGGGACGCUAAUGCCCAAGACCUCCAUCAAUAAGACCCCGGGGAAGGAGGUGAUCUCCAUCAUGAAUUUGCUCUCCAGGGACGAGAGGAACGUCGUCUUCGUCGUCAGCGGGAGGGCCAGGGGGAGCUUGGGCAAGUGGUUCUCUCCCUGCGAGAAGCUGGGCAUCGCCGCGGAGCAUGGAUUCUUCGUGAGGUUUACAAUCUCUCACCUGCUGCUGCUCCUCCUUUGCAUUGAAGCAAUCAAAGAAUCAAUCUUUUUUUUUUUUGGUGUUGUGUAUGAACAGGUGGGGAAAGGCGGAGGAAUGGGAGGUCUGCGGGCCGACGGCGGAUUUCGGGUGGUUUCAGAUAGCUGAGCCUGUGAUGAAGCUGUACACUGAGUCAACGGACGGAUCCUCUAUCGAGACCAAGGAGAGCGCCCUGGUGUGGCACCAUCAGGACGCCGACCCAGGCUUCGGUUCCGCCCAGGCCAAGGAGAUGCUCGACCAUCUGGAGAGCGUGCUGGCGAAUGAGCCAGUCGCAGUGAAGAGCGGCCAGUUCAUCGUUGAAGUUAAACCCCAGGUGCGUCCUUCAUCCAUCCCUCCUCUCCCUCAUUGGUUUCCAUCCAGUUGAAUCUCUCUCUUCUCUCUCUCUCUCUCUCUCUCUCUCUCUCAUGGGUUUCUUCUAUCUACAUGAAGUUCGGGCGAAAUCCCCGAUUUCUCUCCCAUUUUCUUUGACCGGGUUUCACGGAAACUUCUUCCGUUGAAUCGACGACUGUGUUGGUGGGUGAAUUUUGGUCUUUGGCUGGCAGGGGGUGAGCAAAGGCCUGGUUGCAGAGAAGAUCCUGUCGUCGAUGAAGGAGCGGGGGAAGCAGGCGGACUUCGUGCUGUGCAUCGGCGACGACCGGUCCGACGAGGACAUGUUCGAGGGUAUAGGCGCCACGACAAGGGACCUCCUCCACCCCGCCACUUCCGUCUUCGCCUGCACAGUCGGGCAGAAGCCCAGCAAGGCCAAGUACUACCUCGACGACACCAACGAGGUCAUUACCAUGCUCAAGGCCCUCGCCGACGCCUCCGACGAUCUCUACUCCCUCUCGCCGCCGCCCUCCGACGACAGCGACGGCGGCGACCUCUCCCCGCCGGCCUCCUGA